UUGUACAUGUAACACAAUAUGGUAUCAGAGCAGAUAAACAAUAACAGAAGUGCCAUGUAGAAUAUAAUAUGAUGUGAUUUUAAGAAGAAUGUAAACACGUUUUACGUAAAAUACGCUUAGAAAGGUGUUUUCUGAAAGUUUAUCAACAUUUUCUUCUCAUGUGUAUGGAUGGUUGCUGACAUAACCUUGACUGCGACAAUGUUAUGAUGUGUUUGCUCAUAUAUACGGGAAUAAGAGUUAUUAAUAUAUAGCAAGUUUGAGCUGCUACUUAUAACAAUGGGAACUAACACCGGUACUGUAAUGACUCUAGCAAACAGCAUCAUUGGUGUUGGUGUUCUUGCCAUGCCAUUUUGCUUCAAACAGUGUGGCAUCAUCCUUUCUGUCUUGAUGCUUCUUCUGAGUAGCUUCUUAUCUCGAUUAGCAUGCCAUUUUUUGCUUAAAGCAGCCAUUAUGGCAAGGAGAAGAAAUUUUGAAUUCCUUGCUUUCCACACAUUUGGACCAUCUGGUAAAACAAUUGUAGAGUUAUGCAUCAUUGGAUUUCUUAUGGGUACUUGCAUAGCAUUCUUCGUUGUUGUGGGUGAUUUAGGACCAGCAAUUGCAGCCAAAACACUGAAUAUCAGCAACACAGCAAGUCUGAGGGAUAUUGUAUUGAUAGGUCUGGCAGUUUUUGUUGUCUUACCUUUAGGUUUACUGAGAAAUGUGGACAGCCUAAGUUCAGUUUGUGCUGCCACGAUUGGAUUUUAUCUCUGUCUUGUAUUGAAAGUAAUGGCAGAAGCUAUGCCACACCUGGCUGCAGGUGAUUGGAUGGAAAACGUGUACCUUUGGAGACCUGCAGGCAUGCUACAGUGCAUUCCCAUCUUCUCCAUGGCACUGUUUUGCCAGACGCAAUUGUUUGAAAUCUAUGAAUCUCUACCCAAUGCCUCUCUGGACAAGAUGAAUGAUGUCAUCCGGGCAGCUGUCAGCUUGUGCACUGCCUUCUACAUAUGCGUUGGCUUCUUUGGUUAUGUUGCUUUCUGCACCCAGAACUUUACUGGAAACAUACUCAUGAGUUUCACCCCAACUUUAAUGAGUGAUAUCAUCAAAAUGGGGUUUGUUCUCUCGGUGGCUGUAAGCUUUCCACUGGCGAUCUUCCCGUGUCGAGCUAGCCUCUAUUCCCUUCUCUUCAAGAGGGUCCAAAUGCCCCAUCAUGAGACAUUGAGCAGCCAUAUUCCAGAAACACGAUUCAAGUGUUUAACCAUUGGCAUCAUAUCCAUGUCGCUAACAGUUGGAUUGCUUAUCCCUAAUAUUGAGUUAGUCCUAGGGCUUGUUGGAUCGACUAUUGGCGUACUCAUAUGUGUUAUGUUCCCAGCUGUUGCUUUCAUAAGCAUAUCAACCAAGAACACCCAAGAGAGGCUGCUUGCUCAGGUUCUUGUCUUUAUUGGAGUCAUUAUUCUUGUACUGGGUACAUAUGCAACUUUGUAUGCAGCUAAUGAGCCUGGAAAUGCAGGCAGAAUUGAAGCUGUCAGUCCAGUGCCUGACCAUUUUGACAGCAUUGCAAGAAUGACUCUGGUUGAACUUAAAAAGCCUGUGGCUAAUGAAAUUGUAGCAGAUAAAUUAACUGCUGAUGAGAAGUCAAAAGUGAGACCUAAGGACAGUACAGCUGAGCUGAAGCAACAGCCAGUACUUGGAAAUAUAGACACAAAUGGACAGAAUCUCCCAAUACAGCAAGUAGACCUACCCAAGAAGCCUCAUGUUCGACAAGAACCUCCAGUGCCUGUGGAACCACAAGCUGUACCAUCAGCAGCUGUAGCAGAGAAGAAAGAUAUAAUACCUCCUGUAUUACAGGAUGGUAAACAGCAGAUUGAAGAUGCUGCUUAUCACGAUUCUGUUGUAAAUAAGGAUGCUGCAGUGGGUUUAUCAGAAGAGAAAAAGAUCCUUCCUGAUUCACCAGCAGAGAAAGAGAAAGGGAACAGUGAACAAGUGAAUCUGGAUGCAAUCAAGAAGGAAGAUGAAGAGCUGGCUGAAGCUGAGAAGCAAGCAGAAGCUGAUAAUGAACAAAAGCAUAAGGAAUUGCUGAGGAAACUUGAGAAGCAUAAAGAAGAGCAAAAGAAACUUCUUCAGGAACAAAAACAGAUUCUUGAGCAACUAAAGGAACACAAGAAAGAUAUAGAACAGGCUGCUGCAAAGCAGAGAAAUGAUAAUAGUCUUCAGGGUCCUUCAGGUAAGGAUCUGAAAGUUAAUGGAGUAAAGCCAGAACAUAAAAGCAAUGAGAAAAAUCAGUUAGAUGAUAAGGACAAACAGUCUCCAGAGGUUGUGGUUAAAAAUAUUCCCACUUCUCAAAGUGGAGUUCCUGUAGUCAAAAUGGAAGAAAAUAAAAUUAAGGUUCCAAGUGAUAUUCAGAAGCCACAGAAUCAAGCAGCACAACAGCAAACUAAAGUUGAAAAGAAGGAUCUUUUGCACCAGCCUGUGAAGUUUGAAUCUGCACAGAAAAUUGCAGCAGCAGCAGCAAAGCCAAAUCAUGGAAAUGAAAUACUACAAGAAACACAAGCUCAAGGUUUCAGGCAUCAGGAUAAGAAGGCUGUAGGUUCAGUACAGUCACAGGAUGGACCAGUUUCUGCUCCAAACAAGUUACCAUUACCUCUUCCUUUAGCUGUUCGUGACAAUACAUCAAGAUUUUACAAGAAAAGUGAUGUAACUGAACAAAUAAAGAAGGCGGGCACAGUCAUUGAUUUUCAGAAAGAAAUAAAGCAGAACAUGCAACAGAGUGUCGCAGAUGUUGAUGAGGCCAAAGUCAUGAGAAGAGACAUAUUAGCAAAUGAUGAAAAUAGUUUCAAAGCAAAUAUGAAUCAAGACAAUGGUGGAGUAAAUUCCGAAUUUGACGCAGUGAGAAAAACUAAACAAAAAUAUAUCCCAUCAAACAGUGUCAGUAAUGAUAAACUCUAUGAUGAUGGUAAGAAUGAGAGUCAUGAACGUGAAAAGCGAAAUGUCCUACUGGAAGAAUUUAGUGACAAAAACACAUUUAUGGUUGCCAGCGCAAUAGAUAAAGGUCAAAAUAAACAGGAUAUAUCAAAUGUAGUAUUGGAAGAUGAAAAGGAGAACUGUGAAGCAGGUGAGAAAGUAGAUAAAACUAAUGGAGUAGAAACAUUGAACAUGGCGUUGCUUUCUAAGGACAAAUACAAUGUUAAGGAUUAUCAUAUUGGAGAUAUGAAAGAUCAAGAGUCUUCAUCACUGUCAAAUAAAGAAGGUGCUUCUUCACAUAUCUCAGAUUUAGGUUUAAAGUUCUAA